GUCUGAGGAGUUGUGUCUCUCAAGCAGGACCAAAAGUAAUUGGAGAAAAAAACAUGUCGAUAAAAAUGGACAAGGCAGUUUUCAGCUGUUGGCUCCUUUUCCUGCUGUUUUGUCCAGCUGUCCCAAUGUGUCUCCCCACGGACUUCAUGCUGUAUGUGGAAAAGCCAGAAUGUGACUACUGUGUGGCGAUCAACACCACCAUCUGCACGGGAUUCUGCUUCUCAAGGGAUAGCAACAUGAGGGAUAUUCUUCGCCCACGCUUUCUUAUCCAGAGGGGUUGCACCUACGACAGGGUGGAGUACCGCACAACCAUUCUGCCUGGCUGCCCUGCUUACACCAACCCUGUCUUUACAUUUCCAGUGGCUCUCAGCUGUCACUGUGGCGCCUGCAGGACCGACAGUGACGAGUGCACACACCGAGCCAGUACGAAUGGGGCCAGGUGUACUAAACCAGUCAGACAGGUUUUUCCAUACCCUGGCCAGAGCAAUUACAUGAUCCCUUUUUGAAUCAUCUUAAAAAGUUAUUUUGUUAAAACUAUGUAAACAUAAAAAAGACAAUUAUUUCAUUUGGCUUAUAAAGAACACAAUGUUUGGUUUUGUUUCCUAUUGCAGCUUGUUUUAACUUGUUUCUGUUGCAGCUUCAAAGUUUAUAUUAGAGGCUGAUUCUAUUUUCCUCAUCAUUACUGCUUAUUCUUUUCAUCACUGAUGUGAGCAUAACUCUGAUUUCUAAUAAAUAUUUUAAAGGGGGGGUUUUCAAUACAAGCUAAAUAAGGUCAUCAUUGGGUAAUUAGGUCAUAGAUUAGCAUCUGUAGUUUCCUGACUAAAUAUACUUGACUUAAUCACAUCCUGGUUUGUUUAUUUACAGCAUAACAAACUCAUUGCUGUGUUUUUCCAAAAUAUCACAUCCUGAUGCUAUAUUUACAUGUACCUGCUUUCUGGAAAGCACAUGAUUGUUGACACAAUCCUGGGAUUUGCAAGCCAGUCAUGAAACACCAAACUCAGUGUGAGAGUUUGUCAGCUGUGACUCUGUCUCAUCUAAACCAGGCUUGAUCCAUGUAGUUCUUGUUCACAAAAAGGGAUUUUAAGGACAGCUGGAGAAUAUUUAUAGCACAGCUGUUCAGAGAGGGUGAAUGUUUGAGAAUCUCAUCUUGUGACCUGCAGUGAGUUUGCUCUUUUAUAGACUUUCAUGUAUUCACUCUAUUUGCAUCUAUAUGUUUCUUUCUUAUUAAUAAAACAAAAAAUAAAAUAAAGUCAAGAUCAGCAGAA